UUUUAUUCAUUUUAAUAGUAUAUAAGCCCAUAGUCCCAAACCAAUCCCGAAUUUGGCAUUUCCAUCUUCAAUCUUCCACAAAGUCGGCUGCUUCUUUCAUUCUUGGUUCCUCGUAUCCAGCUGUUUCUUCGAUUUAAGGUUUUUGUUCUUAUCCAAAUUCCCUUUUUGUUCUUUGCAAAUGCUGACUGCUAGUGUUACUACCCCUUCGCCGCCUCUAUUAUCUCCUGGGACUCAAUUGAAGUCGCAAAUUAGGCGCAGUGGCUGCUGUGCCGCGGUCAGAAUUUGUAGGAGAAUUAAGCCAAUCGGCCUUGGCUUGCAGUUGGAACCUAUUGUUGGAAGAAGUAGAAAACAAUCUUUAUCUGUUAUGUGUGCUGCUGCUGCUUUGAAUGCAACUUGCAGUGCAUCAGGGCAAACUCAAACCAUUACUCGGGAGGCACCAACAAUCACCCAAGCUCCUGUCCAUGCAAAGGAGAAGUCACCACAACUGGAUGAUGGUGAUUCUGGAUUUCCUCCCCGUGAUGAUGGUGGUGGUGGAGGUGGGGGAGGCGGUGGUGGCAACUGGUCAGGCGGAUUCUUCCUUUUUGGAUUUCUUGCAUUCCUAAGCUUCUUAAAGGAUAACGAAAGUGAUGAAGAUUACCAGGGGGGCAGUCGAAGAAGAUAAGAGUCUCUUGGCAAAUUGAUAACACCCUUUGGAACCUUAUGCAUAUUGUCUUUCAUGCUGUAUUCUUUUUAACAAUGAAUAACGGUAAUCGAUCUUUCCAUUUGGUAUUUGUUUUUGAAGAUCGCUUUAAAAACAAAAUUUGUUUUGUUCAAGUACGCUUGCAUGGCGUAUUCACAAUAGAGCUGUAGGAUACCAAAAUGACAACUUGAGAAUUAAGUCUGUUCUUUCUACUGUAGCCACUUAUUUUUGUCUGGGUUAAUUAAAACCGAUUUGAGUUUUUAUUUUUGUACUUCAAUCAAGUUUAUUAAGCUGUUCGAGCCAUGAUUAAGUUUGAACGGGCCUAUGUGGGUCAUUUGGGCUUGAGAGCUUAGAGUAUGUCACUUAGAGU